CCAAACUGCUGUCCGGUACUGCGAUAAAAGUCGGUAUCCGGAUCUGUAAUAGAAUAACAAGAAGCGAGCUCAAAGAAGUUAAUCGGUUUACGCAAGCUUGUGAUAAAGAGGAAACUUGACAUAUUCUUAGGGAUAAAGGACAGUAUCACAUUAUUAUUUACUACUAUUUUUUCCCCUUUAUCGUUUAAAAUACAUUAGUUUCUAGCUGAAGACAUCAAUGAUCCACUGCUACUGGAUACAACGAACCGUUAAGCGGAAGCUUUUUCUAUUCCGUUCAGAACCAUUUGAACCAUUAAACCAUUUGCAUUUGAUUUCAGGGUUAAAUGAAGGCGUUUACUUGACUUUGAAGGACACAUGUGAUUCAAAUGAGCAGAGUUUUGCGGUUGGAUGGAGAUCUAUUAAGAGCAACCGUAAACGAGUUGUCAAAAGUUACUGAACUUAAAGGAGUGCCGUUUUCCAGGUUUACUGAACUUAACCGUAUAAUCAAAGGUUUUCGUACACAAGAAAUGACGAUUUUGUCAGGAAAUACUGGUGUUGGUAAAACGACUUUCAUGUGCGAGUAUUCGCUUGAUUUGGCUGAACAGGGAGUUCCGACACUUUGGGGUAGUUUUGAAAUGCCUCUCCGAAAAGUGUGUAAGACACUAAUCCAACAGUUCGCAGGUGAGCCAUUAGAUCCUCCUAUACCCAGUAGGAUCGCCGAAUGGGCACGUAUGUUUAGCGAAAACGUUCCUAUUUACUUUAUGAACUUACAUGGAGCUCAAAGUUUGACAGAAGUAUUAAAGACUAUGGAGGUUGGUGUCAAAGAUUCUGGCGUAGAACACAUAGUUAUCGAUAAUUUACAAUUUUUACUAGGCGCUGGUGAUGGUGCUUUCAUCGAACGUUUUCAGCGUCAAGAUCACUUUAUAGAAAAGCUACGUGCUUUUGCCACUGAAAAAGGUACACAUGUUACGAUCGUCGCUCAUCCUCGAAAAGAAGAAAUUGGUCGUCUGCUUUCAAUUAACAGUUUAUAUGGUGGUGGUAAAAUUUCUCAAGAAGCAGAUAAUAUCAUGUUCUUGCAAAUGGAUUCAUCUACAGCGAUCCCUAAGAAAUAUAUACAGUUGCAGAUGCUUUUCAACUGUAGGGAUUCUGCCCCGCGUUCCCAAUUCAUAUUGACAACUUCAAUAAAUUCAAGGUAGUUCUCAGCAACAGGUUCUAAGUCCCACAAGAUCUACUCAAAGAAGAGGAAAGUACUACAGAGAACAACUGGAAAGGAAUCAAAGAAGCAGUAUGGAUAGGAGGACCUUCUUCGACACUAUGGUGUACCUCAGAAAGUCAUUAACAUCAUACGGAAUUCACACGGCGGACUACACUGCAAAUUCGUGCAUGUAGGACAGCCGAUAGAUGCAUUCUAAGUGAGGAUUGGUGUCAGACAGGGCUGCUUACUUUCUCCCUUCUUCCUUCUUCUGGUGAUUGACUAGGUUGUGACCACCUUCACAUCUCAAUGGAAGCAUAGAAUACAACGGAUAGCUUGGAUGCCGUUAGACAAUUUGAACUUCUCAGACGAUCUAUGCCAUUACACGAUUUGAACUUCUCAGAUGAUCUAUGCCAUUACACAUCAACAAAUGCAAUUGAAGACAACCAGUGUAGCAGCAG